AGGAGGACGGCGGGGGAUCGGGCUUCGGAGUCCCGUGGCGCAUUUGUGGCAAAGUUGUUGCCCUGCAGAGCGCCGCGAGGACACCGGCAGGCACUGCGACGUCCGCCGAGCACCGAGAACAGACGAGAAGCAGGCUUCGCGUCUCGCGCCUUGGCUGCAAGCGAGAGAGCCCUCGACAACAGCGUCACGUGAGAAGAGCCAGACAGUAGCGGCGCGGCCAUGGCUGACCAGGAAGACGAAGGCAAAGGGAGUGCCAAAAAGGAGGUCCGCGUGUUCGGUCGACCCGAGCUGGCGUCCAAGGUAGCCAUGUUCCAGCAGAAGGCCGAAGAUCACGAUCGCCGGCAGAAGGACAAUCCUUUCUCGGAACGCUGGGAUGGAUCCACCUCCAGCGCCCUGUCCAAAGACGACCCCCGGUACGGCCACCCCGAGGAAGGCUCGAAGACCGACAAGCGCGGCCAGCAGGCCGGUCAGCUGAUUAGCAGCGAGGUCCGCAUACUGUGCGAGAACCUGCACGAGUUCGGUACCGAGCAGCCAGACGGAACGCGGGCUAUCACGUUCGGCGAGCUCUUCCAGCUGUACACGAGCAUCUCGAACAAGCUGGUGGGCAUCCUGCUGCGGGCGCGCAAGCACGGCCUCGUCGACUUCGAGGGCGAGAUGCUGUACCAGAAGCGGGACGACGGCGUCGUCAUCCGGCUGCUGCGCCCCAUCGCCGACAUACACCGCGAGAUGGGCCACAACCCGGCGCUGGCGCAGCUGCCCAAGACGGCGCCCGUGCUGCUGGGAGCCAAGACCUCGUAGCCCGAAAAGCGCUGCUCUGCGGCCGCUGCCGGUUGCGGUCGUUCGGACCCCGCAAACGCCGGAGAUAAUUGACCAGCGAGCUCAGCUGUCAAUGCUCUGUGUGUACACGUUUCGUUCGGAAAUGCAAAAGAAAAGAGAAACAACGACACUAAAGCGGUAACGAUGAUUUUUCUUUUCUAUGUGGAAAGCAUUAAAGGUGCGCUUUUAAAGCUUCCAGCGGUGAAA